AUGGCUUAUCAAAGGUUCUUUGCUGGUAUAACCAGAACUCAAUUAGAGACAUUCAAGUUCGGUUUUUGUCUUUUAACACCUAUUGCUGUUAUGUACUAUGUUGGUCUUAACCCAGAGAGAAAAUUCAAUCUUCCAGGUUACUGGCCAGAUCCUGAAACUUUGAAUCAAGUUCCUAAAGAGCCUCAUGAAAUCCAAGCUGAAGUUGCUAGGAUAAGAAGAAUGAGGAUGGAAAAGAGAAAAAGAUUGGAAGCUAAAGCUAGAGAACUAGGUAUCGAUCUAGAUGAUGAAGAUAGUGCUAAAGAGCUUAAGUAG